UCGGCCAUGAAAACCCAUUCCAUGAAGCUCUCUACGCACUGUUGUUGUGCUAAUCUGAAGGCCACACAAAGUUUGGAGGUCUUUUAGCUAUUGACAUGUGCAAGACAGUUGGCGACUACUGUGCACUUCAGCAUGCACUCACCCCGCUGUCAUUUUACAUGGCCUACCACUUCGUGGCAGUUGCAGUUGCUUCCACUUUAGUUAUAAUAACACUAACAGGCGUGCUGUGAAUUAUUUAGCAAUAGGAAAUUUCACUGGCACCGGUGGCAACCUAUCACGGUACCACGCUUG